AUGAAAGAAUUACUUGCGCUUUACGUUUUAAUAUCGGCCGGUUAUUGUUGCCUUAUAACUAAUUGUCCAAGAGGCGGCAAAAGGAGCCAUCAUAGUGAAUCCCCGGAAACUACAAUUGAAAAAUUUCCCUUGGCUGGACUUUAUGAUCAAUCACGAUAUCCUAGUCUGCAUGUUUAUAACGAUCAGUUUAUUGAUUCUUACGCUCGUUCUGCAGACACUACUAAAUCUGCAACAGAAGCCUGCUGGGAGAACAAAGAGUUUCUAAACGACAAUGGCAAUAAUCAAAGGAAGAAAAUGAAGUUAACUGAGCUUUUCAAACGCCGGAGAUGUAAAUCGAAGUUCAUUAACGACACAAGUAUUCCAUCGCCGAACAUCUUAAUAUAA